UAUUUACCUGGAGCCAUAGAGAACCAUGCGGUUCUUCUCUAGCACGUCCUUGCUGGUUGUGAGCGCGACGUGCUGCCAUGGCUUCGUUUCUCCUGGAGCUGUGGUGGCGAAGCAAGCUAGUUCUCGGGGGGCGGUGCAGGCUGUGACGAUGGCGUCAGAGGCAAUCGUAGCGGCGGCUGCGGGUUUGCUAGCGACCGUUGGCGGCGUUUCGGCGGCGGGGGCGGGGACGGUUCCCGAAUCGCUGCCGGCGUGCCCCACGGAGGGGAACUGCGUUAGCUCCACCUCAUUCAAGUUGCUAAGAGUUGCGCGCAUAGAGGCGGCGGCCAUGCGUUGCGAGAUGUGCCUAAGGGCAAUUGCGUACCACUUUUUUCUCAUUGGCUGCUUCAAUUCCAUCUCUCGUCUCAUACAGGUAAUGCAAGGACGAUACAUGGCGCCUUGGUCCUACACGGGCGACAGCAAGGAUGCGUCCGCUGCGUUCGCUAAACUUCUCAAGACGGUGGAGAACGACCCCCAGCUGAAGGUGGUUGACCAGGACGCCGACGCUCUGUACAUAUCAGCGAUGGCUAAGUCGGCUGUUCCUCCAGAUGGGUUUGACAAGGUCGAGUUCCUCUUCAAGCCGUCGGAUGGUUUGGUGUCGUUUCGAUCCAAGAGCCUGAAGAACGUAUACGCCGGGCCGGUCAUUGUUGGAGACGGUAACUCCAACCGAAACAGGUUGGAAGCGCUUCGGAAGAAGCUGGGAUGGCCCGAAGAGGGCAUCGACAACUACAUGCGAGAUCAGGGGAUCGACAGCGGGACAUCCCGUGCUAAGGGCUACCUCAGCGAGUUCGGGUGGAGGAAGGUGGAGAGCCAGUCCUACGGCGAGGAGGACGAGUAUUGACACCGAUACGUCGAUUCUUGGUAGGGUUUACUUUUGCCCUUGAUCGUCCAUUGAUAAUGCUUUCGU